GAACACGAAGUACAACAUGAGCAAGAUCCAGGAGAGCUGGCUGAAGAUCAUGCGCUCCGCGAAGGCGAAGCAGCUUAAGAAGCAGGUGGAGAUCAUCUCGCAGAACCACGAGCGCGACGUGGACCGCAAGGACGCCAUCCUCCAGAUGCUCGACAGGGACCUGGACGAGGCCGAGGAGCACCACCAGGUGGCCGUGCGAAGCCACCUGCUCAACGUGGACAGGCUUCUGGAGAUCCAGAACAGCAG